UAUAUAAAAUAAGAAAAGUAUAUAAUACAAUAUUUCAUGAUAACACAAUGCACGUGUUGGCAUAAGUAUUUUGAUAAAUAAUGUGAAUUCAAGAUGGUGGAUCUUGAAUGAUGAUGGAGACGUAAAAAGUGGGCGAGAAAAAAAUGAAAAAAAAAGAAAAAAAAGAAAAAAGUGCGAAAAAAAGUAAAAAAGAAAACAAAUCAACGAAAAAAAAAAAAAGAAAUUUAACCAAGAUGCGUUCUUGAGAAAAGUGAUCUUCGUCUAUUCUUCUCUCUCUCUCUCUCUCCCUCUCUCUCUUUUUUUUUCUUUUUAUUUAUUCCCGCCCUCUCUCCUGCGGAAUAACCUGUCGUUCCAAUCCGAUUAAAGAAAAAUUGAAAGAAAAAUUAAUACCGAAAAGCAAAAAAAAAAGAAAGUAUAAAGUUUUGUUUAAAUCGACAAAUUGCACAGUAGGUCGCUGAGGUAUAGAAGGAAUGGUAUGAGAUGUUGGGAAUAAGAGUUUUGAGAACCACUGCAUCAUGCGGAAAAGUAUCAGAGUGGGGAUGGAAUUGGUUGGUUGAGGAAAGAGGUGGAAUGAUUUAGAGAAGGGGUGUGAAGGGGGUGGUAGUGAUGGUUUCCUUUUGGCGUGCCGUUGCUGUUGCUGUAGCCGCCGCCGUCGCCGCUGCUGCUGCUGCUGCUGCUGCUGUUGGUUGCUGGUUGCUGGUGCUGCUCCGAUGUUGAACUUCAGUAUGUCUUGGCAAUUUAGAUAGAAGAGACUACCUCUUGCUGAGGUACAUCCAUAUAUAUAUAUAUAUAUAUAUAUAUAUGUGAAUACAUAUAUAUAUAUACACAUAUACACAUAAAUAUAUGUAGACUCGUGCGCGUGCGUGCGGUAUGUGUGCGUGUGUGUGUGUGUGCGUAUAUAUGUGUACGAGUGUGUGAGUAAGCGUGUGUUGGGUUUAAAUGCAGCUAGACGUUCAGCUUAAUCUUUUUGGAUGAACAUUGCGGACUACGACGUUUCAAGUGAAUGAAAAUAUUUUAUUGUUCCAGCAGGACAAAUCUAUGGGAUUUUUAUACGAUUAAAAAAAUAAAUUUGGAUGGAAAGUUUAUGAGAUUAAAAUUACUGAUCGAUCGAUAAUAUAAAUAAUAAAUCGUGAAAUAAGAAAAAAGAAACGAAAGAAGAAGAAGAAGAAGAAGAAGAAGAAUUUGUGAAAUCGUUUUAUGGACUGUACGAUAACAAUUUGCACGGUAAGAUCGAAACGAGUUAAAAGUCAAAUUAUAUAAUCACGGAGUGGUUGACAGUGUUACUGAUGUAGCUACAUCAUCGAUGACCUUCAUACUUUUCUCGUUCUAUCGUCUACGUUCGCGACAGAUAUAUAUGAGGAAGGAGAUGCGUUUGACAUAGGGAAAUUGAAUAUUAAAAGAAAAGAGCGAGGGAAUUAUUACUUGACAACGUUGAGAAGAAGAAGAAGGAAGAAGAAAAAAAAAAAUAUAUAUAUAUAUAUAUAUAAUCUUUGAAGAGGAAGGAAAUGCAAGAGAUCCUUUCUAUCGAUCAAGGCUGAGCUUUGUGAUCUUCAGUGAUUGAAGAGGAUGACGGUCACUUAUACUGCCGAGGUCGCUACCUGUCGUGGUCUUGGUUGCUUCCUUAAAUUAUUAUUAAGAUGGAGAGCAAGUAUAUACAAAUUGGUGUGGUUAGACCUGGCCUUAUUUUUAUUCAUUUAUUAUUCAUUGUCAAGUAUCUACCGAUUGAUACUGGAUGACGAACAAAAGAAAAUAUUUGAAGCUGUUGUGGCCUAUUGCAAUCAGUACAGCGAUCUUAUACCGUUGUCCUUUGUAUUAGGAUUUUAUGUUAGUAUAGUUAUGACAAGAUGGUGGAAUCAAUACAUGGUUAUACCUUGGCCAGACUCUAUAGCUGUAUUUGUAUCGGCAACUAUACACGGUAACGAUGAGAGAGGUCGAUUGAUGCGUCGUACUAUAGUCAGAUACGUAUGCGUUUGCUUGACCUUGGUGUUAACGAACGUCUCACCAAGAGUGAAAAAACGUUUCCCAACGUUAGAACAUUUCGUCGAUACUGGAUUAUUAUUGGAGAAUGAAUUGUCUAUAUUUCAAAGCUUAAAUGCCAAGUUUCCUAAGCCCAGUAAACAUUGGUUACCAAUCGUUUGGGCUUCGAGUAUAGUUACAAGGGCUAGAAAGGAAGGUCGUAUACGCGAUGAUUUUGCUGUUAAAACAUUGAUAGACGAGCUGAAUAAAUUCCGCGGAAUGUGCGGAAAUUUAAUACAUUAUGAUACCAUAAGUGUACCAUUGGUUUAUACUCAGGUCGUUACAUUGGCCGUUUACACGUAUUUCUUGACAAGCGUUAUGGGAAGACAAUGGAUCCAAACAUCAAACUCUUCCACCAUCGACGUUUAUUUCCCUGUAUUCACGACGCUACAAUUUUUCUUUUACAUGGGUUGGCUCAAGGUCGCUGAAACAUUGAUAAAUCCAUUUGGCGAGGACGACGAUGAUUUUGAAGUCAAUUGGAUAAUAGAUCGUAAUUUACAGGUCAGUUAUUUGAUCGUCGACGAGAUGCAUCACGAACAUCCAGAAUUAAUAAGGGAUCAAUAUUGGGAUGAAAUAUUUCCAACUGAAUUACCUUACACUGCGGCCUCCCAACAAUUCCGCGAGGAACAUCCAGAACCAUCGACGGCUGGUAUACAAUUGUCAGCAGCCCAGCAAGAACUUCAACCGUCCUCCGUUAGAAUAGACGAGAUGGUACCGGAUUAUCAACAAAAGUUUCGUAAUGAUGUUGCCGACGAUGCCGUAUCCGGAAUACAUUUUACUGCCGACGGGAAAUUGUCCAGGAGUGCCAGUAGAGUGAGUAAUCGUGACCGUACAUUUAACACUGGAUCAACGCCAAGUAACUUGGAUGGUUCGCUGACCAGGGUCAAUAGUGUAACCAGUAUGUUAAAGAGAUUGUUCAGUAAGGAGGAUAGACCGGAUGGUGGUACAUCGAGUGGUAACAAAACACCCGGUAGAAUUCAACAUUCUAGUUCAUCAGCAUCAUUGCAGACAAGAGUACACGCUGGUACAGGUGGCUCGACCAAGAUCGGUGUUAUCGAGGAGGUCGACGAACAAAUGACUAUGACAUCAAUGAGACCAGAAAACAGGCCGCAUGUACAAAGUAUAUUUCCGCAAGGACCGCCACCAGCUAGUGCACCAGUUGACGUACCUGGUUCUGAUCAUAGCAGAAACAGAGACAUCUUUUCUAACAGUGCACCUGCUACUACUGCUCAUUUAACCAUCGCUGAUGGUAACAAUGGUCAUGAUUUCGAGAACGGCAAUAAAUAUCCUUCGAAUGCUAGGAGAGAGAGAUCUAGCAUCAGUUACGAGCCUUCAAGAAGUUAUCAAAGUACAACGAUUGGCGAUGGUAUGAUCAGCCCAAGAAGUUCGAUAUGUUCGACGAAUAGUAGUUCGGACGACGAGUUUACUAAAUUAAAAAUAGAAAGGGAAAAUCAAAGACGUGAAAAGGCAUUCAGACGAUUGGCAAGAAGUAUUAGCGGCCAUGGUAAUAUAUCUCACGAGGCAAAAAAUUUAACAGAAAAUGAAGUACUUUUGUUAGCUGAAUUAGCGGACGCGUCGAGACUAUCUUUGGUACCAAGAGAUAAUGACGAUAAGGAGAACGAAAUUGCUAAGGUUUAAGUGAAUCCUUAUGUUUAGCUGAUUUUUCUUUUCUUUUCUUUCCUUUUCUUUUCUUUUCUUUUCUUUUCUAUUUUUUUUUUUUUUUUUUUUAUUAUAAACUUUCGCCUUGUAUUUGUCGUGAAAUCGAGAGUGUACGUUAUUUUACUUUGAUGUGCGAGUGAGUGAAUGAGUGAGUGUAUGAGUGAGUGAGUGAGUGAGUGAGUGCAUGCGUGGACAUCCCUCGCAAUUAAUGUAAUCGAGUAUGUUGAGAGAAAGAGAGAGAGAGAGAGAGAGAGAGUAAGAAAGAAAG